UGCAAGCGGUUGUUUGACUUAAAAGUACCUGAUGAGUAUAGUUCAAAUAUUGGGAAUUGCGUAUCAAUGGAUGAAUUGAAGGUCAUAGGUCUCAAAUCUCAUGAUUGCCAUGUGCUAAUGCUUUAGUUGUUGCCUGUAGCCUUAAAGGGUUUACUACCAACUAGACCAAGAAAUGCGAUACUUCACCUUUGCGCAUUCUUCAAUAGAUUGUGUCAAAGAGUUAUUGAUCAAGAAGAAAUGGCAUCCCUUGAGGAUGGGGUGGUUGAAACGUUAUGCAUGCUUGAGAGGUUUUUUCCACCCUCGUUCUUUGAUAUCAUGGUGCACUUAACAAUUCACUUAGGACGAGAAGUAUGACUUUGCGGGCCAGUCCAAUAUCGUUGGAUGUACCUUUUUGAGUGGUGAACCCUUUUAGUUUUUUUUAAUGAAUAAUCAUCUAUGUUUCUGUCCAUCAUCUAUGAUUGUAUAAUGUGAAUGUACUUUUCUUCAUGAUUAGACAUAUGAAGAUAUACAAAUGAAGUGUUAGGAAUCAUGCACGACCUGAAGGUUGUAUAGCAGAACGCUACCUCGUACAAGAGUGUAUAACAUUUUGCAGCCGACACAUGAAAUCUGUGGAAACAACCAAUAGGGGACCUCGCAAUCAAGAUUUUGAGAACGAUGUAAUUCUCGAAGGUCGUCCAAUUUCAGCUGCCACUUCCAUCACAUUGACCGAUGAAGUUUUAGAAAGUGCACAUCGUUACGUGUUAUUCAAUGCAGCCAUAGUGGAACCUUAUUUGGAGAUGCAUAUAGAGGAGUUAAAGAACUCAGAUACUAGUCUUGGUCUUCAAAAAAAUAAAAGUUUACUUUUGAAAAGGCACACUGACAACUUUUCAAAAUGGUUGAGGGAAAAGAUUCAGGUAAAAGCAUGCACAAAUAAUGAAUUGGAGAUACUACAAUGGCUUGCUAAUGGUCCUAGAAAGCAUGCCAUGGGUUAUACGGGUUAUAUCAUCAAUGGGCAGCGGUUCCACACAAAGGAAGCUGAGAAAUCAACCCAAAAUAGUGGUGUUUCCAUUGACGCGACAACUUUUAGUGUCCAACACUUGCUUAUUGAUCCUUGCUUUGGCCUUUCACGAGCCGUCGGGUCACCUCCGGGUCUUCAUAGCUUUGGCGUUUGGGACUUGAUUACCCUUAAGGGUUAUCCACGAUGCUAA